AUGGCGACGGGAAAAGCUCUCUUCAUGGACUCUAUUACGCACCAUAUCGAUAUAAAGCAGGAGCCACAAGUGGACGCCUUUCAAAGUACAGAUAGCGCCAACCAGCGUAGAGUUUCCAAGUCUCGCCAAGUUGAGAGGGCACACAAAACGAUGCACCUGCUGCCGCAGCAGAACGAGUGGAAACUGUCCACGAUCAAGGAAGGCGGAAAGCGUGCCAAGCCGGAAGCGCCAAAGUUUCUGCUACUGCUGUACGAGAUUUUGGAAGUGGAGAGCUCCCGUGUAAUCCGGUGGUCUGAAGACGGCCUGGCACUGCAGAUCCUGGAUCCCCUCACUGUCACGGAACAGAUCUUGCCAAAGUACUUUAACCACACCAACUUUCAUAGCUUCCAGCGGCAGCUCAAUUACUUUGGCUUUCGGAAAUGGACCAAGUCGAAAACGGAUAUCUGUACUUUUAGUCACCCUUUCUUCCGAGAAAAUCAGCCAAAGCUGCUGCUUCUCAUCAAACGGAAAAAAGCUCCUCGACGAACACCUGCCAGUGGAGCUAACAGCUCAGCCUCGAGUACACCCACAGCGUCUGCUGCGAGUUCGACGUCUAAGAAACUGUCACCUUGCGGGAAGUGGAAGCUUUCAUCGGAUAGCAGUAACUCGGAAGACUGUUCCACCGAAAGCACGGGCAUGCGUAUUCAGAUGAUGAACACGUCUGCUGUUCAAAUCCAGCCUGCCACUAAAGGGAUACCGCUCAGCGCCAUGACCACGCCGCACAGUGCUUCCUCCCACGCAGCUUUGGGUUUCUCGCAAGAUGGAUCGACUCGCCACUAUCUGCUGGACCUGAACAAUGUUAUUUCGCCUGUAGCGGCCACUGAAUGCAAGAAGAAAGCAAAAAAGCAUGACAAGAAGAAUUGUCCAGCAAGCGCGACAAUGCACGCCCAACUAACAUCACCGCUCAAUGGGUCAGCUGUGCCCUCAAUUGGUGUAGAAGGGUUCAUGUCGUCGUCGUCGGUGCCAGCUGACAGCAACAAUGCUUCACUCAGCAGCAGCAGUCGCACUAGCUCCGACAUUGGGUACGCGUCUAUUACUGCACCCACUUCUGCGGCGUUACCCACCCUGAACAUCGUGCGAAGUCGCCUAAUCCAGCGACAGCAGGCUGGUGGACCGGAGCAGCAGUACGAAUACAGCAGUUUUUCUGGGUUCUCAGCACCUAAUGGGCCUCAGGGCAUGGUCGUGCCUACAAUGGAGAAUCUUUCCGAGCUUUCGACACAGUCUUUGACCAUGGCACCGACCUCUCGAACAGAAUUAAAUUCGGACCAGAGCCAGGUGUUGUCAAACUCAUUCAGCGAUCCGGUUAACAUCCUUUUACGCAUCAAGAAGUCGCGGACAUCAUCUGGUGAAGUGGGCUCGAGACAUGAACAAGUUGACGGACGGAAUGAGAGUUUGACUUCACUGCAUAACUAUUUGCUCGGGAACAGUCUAUUUACCAACCGCCUGCAAGCUCAGCUGAAGUUUGUUGCAGAAGAGAAUGAGGCUUUGAGGAACCUGCUGGACUCUAAACAGCACGAGAUAAACACAUUGCAGGGCGAACGGAAGGUGCUUCAGCAGGAAAAUGCGGUGCUACUUGAAGACAAGAACAAGCUUUUCGAGAUGAAUCGUGACCUUUUAAGCAAGUUGUUUCCACAGUAA